AUGGAAGCAAAUAUUUUAAAUACAUGCCCCUCGGCUUUUGCUGGUACAAGUGGUGAUCUUUUUCUCAGUGCCAUAACAACAUUGUUAGCUACACACUGUUCAAUUUUUGACGACUUUCGCUGGCCAGCAGACCAUGCCCAAGAAAUUUUUAACAAAAAAGAUGUAACGUACGAUUUUAUCGUGAUUGGAGCUGGGUCUGCUGGUUCUUUAGUGGCUGGUCAAUUGUCAAAAGCCAAUAUUGGUUCAGUAUUAUUAGUAGAAGCUGGCGACGAUCCUGGAAUUGAUAGCGAGAUACCCGCUUUUUUAUUUCUCAAUCAGAAUUCAGAUAUUGAUUGGUACUACAAAACGUUAUCUAGUAAUAAUAGUUGUUUGGGUUUUGUUAACGAAAGUUGUAUAUGGAGUAAAGGGAAGGGUAUGGGAGGGUCAAGUUCAAUUAACGCCAUGAUAUAUGUAAGAGGUCAUCCAGAAGACUAUGAAGCCUGGGAAGCCACAGGAAAUUCUGGCUGGGGAUACAAAGAUUUGCUAAAAUACUUCAAAGCACAAGAGAACCUCUUUAAUUUGUCAAACCAAUUUAAAGAUUACGAAAAUCCUUGGUAUAAUGUAAUCGAAAACGCCUGGGCAGAAUUAGGUUUUAAAUCAUAUAAAUACGAAGGAGAUGAGUCUUUAAUAGGUACGAGAAAGGCUAAGUUGGUGAUAAAAAACGGUAAACGAUUGAACACAGCAAAGGUGUUUCUUAAUAAAUCCGAAAAUUUAUAUAUUAUGAAAAACACACGUGUUGAUAGAAUUAUAAUCGAUAAGAGGACUAAAAGAGCAAUAGGUAUUGAACUUAAACAUAAAAAUGGUACAAACAUGAUUAUUACUAGCAAAAACGAAAUUAUCGUUUCAGCUGGAUCGGUAGCUACACCCCAAAUACUAAUGCAAUCUGGAGUAGGCCCUAAGGAACAUAUUGAAAAUUUAGGAAUAAAAAACAUUUUAAACUUGGAUGUAGGUAAAAAUCUUCAAGAUCAUAUCUUGUUCCCUUUAUUUUUAAAAACAAACCUUAAUACAGAACUGUCAAUGGAUGUUAUAAAUUUGUUGUUACUUCAGUAUAUGUUAACAAGAUCCGGCCCUUUCUCAACUAUCGGAAUAACAGAUUUCACAGGAUUUAUUAACACACUAAAUUCAUCUGACUGUCCAGAUAUUCAAUUUCAUCACACUUAUUUUACGAAGAAAGAUGAUUUUACACUCAAACCGUAUCUUGAAGGUAUCGGUUAUAAAAGUGAAAUCAUACACGCAAUCAUAGAAUUAAAUAAUGAGCAUGAUUUAAUCGGUAUAUAUCCUACAUUACUGCAUCCUAAAUCACAAGGCCAGAUAUUGCUAUCUAAGACAGAGCCAAGAGAACCAAUAAUUAAGACGAAUUAUCUUCAACAUCCAGAUGAUAUGCUAAGCUUGGUUAAGGCUAUAAAUUUUGUUCACAAAUUAGAGAAAACUAAUGUUUUUAAAAAUCUAGAAAUGGAAAUUUUACCGAUGAAUAUACCAGACUGUUCGAAAUACGUAUUUGAUACGGAAGACUAUUGGAAAUGUUAUAUACGACAUAUGGCAACAACAAUUUAUCAUCCCGUAGGAAGUGCCAAGAUGGGUCCAAAGGAAGAUAAAAGUUGUGUUGUCAAUCACAAAUUGCUUGUUCAUGGUACGAAAAAUUUGAGAGUGAUUGAUGCAAGCAUAAUGCCCACACUACCAGCCGGUAAUACAAUGGCACCGACUUUAGUCGUAGCCCAAAAGGGCGUGGACAUUAUUUUAAACGACUAUAAAAACAGAGAUGAAUUAUAG